AUGGAUUUAUCCUUCAGAUGGCGGCACGAAGUGCGGCUUUGUUCCGGGACCGGUGGAGGGAGCGGCAUUGGCGCCGCCGUGGCUGCUGAACUGUUGGCGCUAGAAUGUAAUGUCGUGAUUGCAUCCCGUAAAAUCGAGCGACUGCGUGAAGCUGCAGAACAAUUUUCAGCGGCACUGGUGGACUCCAAUCCUGCAAAAGUGACGCCAAUUCAGUGUAACAUUCGUAAGGAGGAUGAGGUGAGGAACCUGAUGCAGAAAGUCUUGGAGUUCCAUGGUCGGAUUGAUUACCUGGUGAAUAAUGGAGGGGGUCAGUUCAUCAGUCCAGCCAAACACAUCUCCACCAAAGGCUGGAACGCUGUGAUCGACACCAACUUGACGGGAACAUUCCUCUGCUGCCGAGAAGCAUAUUGCUCCUGGAUGAAAGAGAAUGGAGGGGCCAUCGUCAACAUUCUGGCAGACAUGUGGAAAGGAUUCCCGGGAGUAUCACACACAGGAGCAGCGAGAGCAGCUGUGGACAACCUCACCAAGAGUCUGGCCAUCGAGUGGGCCGACAGUGGGGUACGGGUGAACUCAGUGGCUCCUGGAACGAUUUUUUCAGAAUCGGCUGUGGCCAACUACAAGGAGCAUGGACCUCAAGUGUUCAGAAGUUAUGUCCCCAAAAUUCCUGCCAAGAGACUGGGUGUUCCGGAGGAGGUGAGGUCGCCCGUUGUUUGCUUCCUGCUUUCACCGGCCGCCUCCUUCAUCACUGGUGAGACCGUGAAGGUUGAUGCAGGACAAAGUCUAUACCAGAGCCCCUGGGAGAUUCCUAGUAAGGAUUUGGCUUUCUCUCCCUCUUCAGAGACUCCCUCCCAAAUCACGUAA